AACUCCCUGCAUUCAUUGGGAGAGUUAGCUAACAGCACCAAACGAGCAUUUCCGACCUCUUCUAAUUAUACCAAAGUGAUUCGACCUGAUUGUUGUCUGACGCUGAACCUAUUGGGAAAUAACACUGUCUGAAACUAAUGAGAAGGACGACUGUAUUUUAAUAAGGUGUGUGCUUCUGCGUGCCCCAGCAGAGAUGAGUUACGCCAUGCAGCUGUUGAUUCACCAUGGGGAUUUCUGUCAUGGCCGCACGCUGCUCCCCCUGGGCCUCCGGUCCCUUCUCCGCACGCUGAGUUCUGGUCCCCGUGUGAGCCGCAGCCUUCGGGAGAGCUACCAGCUGCUACAGCUUGAGCUUCCAGAUGUGGGCGAGAGUAGCCCUGCGCAGGUGAAAGAAGCCUACCUACUCAUGGCCAAGCUGUACCAUCCAGACUCGGGCGCUGCUACGGCAGACGAGGCAAUGUUUGCGCGGGUAGAGGAGGCAUACCGCGCCGUGCUGGCGCACCAGUCCCAGCUUCAGAGCUGUGGGGGUUCGAUGGAAGAAGAGGAGGAGAAGGUGAAAGGUGUGGCUCCUCAGCACCGCAACUACCUGAGCUACGAGGGCGUGGGCUCUGGGACGCCUAGCCAGCGCGAGCGCCAAUACCGUCAAUUCCGAGUGGAUCGGGCGGUGGAGCAGGUCCUCGACUACCGCCAGAAGGAGCAUGAGACAGCGGCUGCAGCCGAGGGGGCGCUGGUGGAGAGGGACGUCCGCCAGCGCAGCCGGCAGAUCAAGGUCACACAGGCAGUGGAGAGGCUGGUGGAAGACCUCAUUCAGGAAUCCAUGUCCCGGGGAGACUUCCGCAACCUGAGUGGCGCCGGGAAGCCCAUCAACAAGUUUGAGCACAACCCGUAUGCCGACCCCAUGACCCACAACCUCAACCGCAUCCUCAUCGACAACGGCUACCAGCCACCCUGGAUUGUCACGCAACGCGACAUCCGAGAGGACAUCGCGCAGAUCCGAGAGAGACUGCUGCAGGGCCAGGCGCGGCUCGCCGACCCCAUGAACCCCAGGGAGCAUGCUCAGUGGCAGCAGCUGUGUGGGGUGGUGGCGGAUGACCUUAUGAAGCUCAAUAAAACGGUGGAUAACUUCAACCUGAUUGCGCCCAUGCUUACCAUGCAAAUGGUCCACUUCAGUUUGGAGCGUGAGAUCGACCGCGCAGAGAAAGCAGCCUUUCAAGGCAGACAGGAGAGCAAGAGGGAAAGAGUGAGGCAGUGGGAGGAGCAGAGAAGAGAAAGAGAAAGGGAGCGGGAGAAUAGAGAGAAGAUUAAAACACAUCAACACUCUUGGCAAGGCGGCCUGCUGGCAUGGAUGCAGAAUUUACUAAAAUGAGCAAUGGACCUUGAAGGCAAAAUUAGAUAAAAAGGAUAUUUCAAAUCAAACUUUUAUUUCUAAUCCAUUUACACAGGUGUCAACACACAGAGGUGUUGAAUCAUUUGUCUUAUGUCAUUUUCAGUGUUUUUGCUACAUUGGGUUGAUUACAGUAGCAUGUUAUAACACAGAAUAAUACAACAAGCCACUACUACAACACGGUUACUUGACCUUACUGUAACUCAACUGUGCUUUACAAUAAUGCUACACAGUGUCAGUGUCUGGACCUCAGGACACAAUGGUAAUGGUAUCGGACUACAAUAAUCCAUUUAAUGAAAUACUUUUAAUCUACGUUUAUAAGCUAAGCAAUUCUAAUUACAUUGAUUUGUUUCUUUGCUGAAUGAAGGAAUGAAAGUAUAGAAUACUCAAUGUUCGUUAUGAAUGAGCAGUUGACUGAAACUGCUCUGAACUCAAAUACGGGGAAACAGAAACCACUGAAGAUUUUUCCACACACUUCCAGUCAGAUGAAAAUCUCUUUAAAUAGGAGGUAAGCUUUUGGUCAGUCGACUGACCGAAUGCUAAGCUAUUAUGAGUGGAAGUGUGUGGUGACUUUUUCCAGUUUUGCAUUUUGCCUCCUGUAACUUCACUAAUCGAUAAUGGGUGUGCGGUAGAUUCUGCCUAUGAUUGCAUUACAAUAAAAGAGGUACUGUAACUCAA